UUAGGGUUCGGAAGCAGCGCGUAAAAAGCCCGAGCAUCAGCGCGCGCAGUCCGGACCGGACACGAUGAACAAGAGAACGGGCUGAUCCGCGGAACCCCGUCUCUGUUACCGAGAAGCGGCUUUGUUCCGCAGCAGCAGGCGGACUGAAGCAUGCCGCUGCGAGCCAAGAGGUAGCUAUAAAGGAGCAGAGAGACAGGAGAGAGAGAGAGAGAGAGAGAGAGGAGCAGAGCAGGGGUUUAGGGACAGGAGCUGAACAAGGAGCCGGAGGUCUCCGAGGACGCGCUCAGGACCGAGGACAUCUCAGAAGCCGUGCGCAAUCAGGGGUUCGGUUCUGAAGGGAGAAGAGAGCACCAGACUGCGUUUUGGCUUCCACCUGAAUGUUCAUCUGCAGCAGAGAUAAUGGGAGCUUUAACCAGCAGACAGAACGCUGGAGUGGAGGAGCUGGACAUCCCAUCCAACUCAGUGUACAGAUACCCACCCAAGAGCGGAAGUUACUUCGCCAGCCAUUUCAUCAUGGGAGGAGAAAAGUUUGAUUCGACCCAUCCUGAGGGUUACUUGUUUGGAGAGAACACAGAUCUCAAUUUCCUGGGAACCAGACCAGUUACAUUCCCUUAUACCGCCCCACCACCUCACGAGCCGGUGAAGACCCUCCGAAGUCUUGUCAACAUCCGAAAAGAUACUCUUCGACUGGUCAGAUGUAGCGAAGACAUGAAGCUGCCCGGGCACGAGGUCGGAAAGAGCCGCAGUUGCUACAACAUUGAGUUUACCUUCGAUGCUGAUACACCAGUCGCCAUCACUAUUUACUACCAAGCCAUUGAGGAGUUCCACAAUGGUGUACCAGUAUACCUGCCACAGGACAGCUCUCUGAAAUCGGAGACGGUGCAUUUUAAGAGAGGCGUCUGCCAGCAGUUCUGCUUGCCCUCGCAUUCUGUCAAUUUGUCCGAGUGGUCAGACGAGGAGCUCUUAUUCGACAUGGAUAAAGAAGUUUUUCCCAUGGUGAUUCAGGCCGUGGUGGAUGAGGGAGACGAACAUCUAGGACAUGCUCACAUUCUUCUUGCCACCUUUGAGAAGCACAUGGAUGGCACCUACUGUGUCAAACCUCUGAAGCAGAAGCAAGUGGUGGAUGGUGUUAGUUACCUACUUCAGGAGAUUUAUGGCAUAGAAAACAAAUACAACAGCCAGGAAGCUAAAGCAGCUGAUGAUGAGAUCAGCGAUAACAGUGCGGAGUGUGUGGUGUGUCUGUCUGAUGUACGCGACACGCUCAUCCUUCCAUGCAGACACCUGUGCUUGUGCAACGCCUGCGCAGACACCCUGCGCUACCAAGCCAAUUGCUGCCCGAUCUGCCGACUGCCAUUUCGAGCUCUGCUUCAGAUCCGGGCUUUGAGGAGGAAGUUAAGCCCCGUCUCCACUACCGGCUUCAAUCCAGCCAUCACUUCCCAGUCCUCAGACUCUGAGGAGCAUUCGGCAGCUGAAAACGUUCCCCAGGGAUUCGAGGCAGUGUCUCUUUUAGAGGCUCUAAACGGCCCAUUCAAUCCUUCACCACGCGCUCCUGCACUGCACGGCGUGACAAAAGCUCACAUCUCUGGAACUCUGCCUGCGUACGGCACUUCGAGCCAUCACACGGCCACACACUCGCUUUCUCACUUAGAGCACUCCAUAACCUCCAGCCAAGGCCUCAAGGUCAAGAAGAGCAGCUCCAAGUCUCUCUCCCAGAAUUCCCAGAACUCCUCAGUGCUGCCUGAGGAGGAGGAUGAGAAAUCGUGCAGUGAGUCAGAGGCUCAGGUGUGCAGGAGGAAACUGCCGGUGGACCAGCAGGAGUGUGGCAUGACCCCUGAUAGCGACAAUCUCACCCUGUCCUCAUGUGGAGCGAUAGAGCAGUCCUCAUGUAGCGGCACGCCGCUGUCUUCGACCAUCACCUCACCUGAAGACCCAGUGAGCAGCAGUUUGGCCCAGUCUGUCAUGUCCAUGGCGUCUUCACAGAGUCAGAACUCUCGCAUCAGCACCGACACACUUUCCUCCAUGUCUGGCUCCUACCUGCUGGGUGCAGAGGGGGAUGAACACCACCAGAACACGCCUGAGAGCCGGCCAUGCUCCCAGCAGGAGAGCGAGAAAACCCCAAGUGAAUCGCAUGACCACAGCUUUAUGGUAGCGGUGGUUGAAGAGCAAGAUUCAGAGGGAAAUGAUGUCACUGAGGAGGACUGUGCAUCCCCUACUAAAGACCAGGGUGGGCGCAGGAGGAGUGAGGUGCCUUGUCCAGAGUUUGACAAUAACAAUCAGGGGCGGUCUGACACCCACUGUGUGACAGGCCUGGACAAUGAACAGGCUCCUGAUGGCCAAUUCGCUGAGCUGCUGUACCUGGAAGCCAGCUGGCGUUCCCAGGAGUCUCUGCUUCAUCAUGCCUGCAACAGCAACAUCAAUCUGGACGAGCAGAGUGUCACCAACACGGGGACGAGCCCGAAAAACACACCAAAAACACGCCACGGACCGCUACCUGUGUAAAAGGCGUCCCUCCAGCAUCUGACCCCCGUAUCGACUCAUCAUCGCACCCUCAGAUCUUAAAAGCAGAACAACUUGUUCCUCAAACUUUAAAUUAGAGUAGUGGUGCACAGCAACGGCUUUGUCUUCUGACCUCACCCUGCUCCUUUACCAAUGCAUGUGGAGAAAAACAUGAUGGUGGAUUUGAUUAAAAUGAAAAGCUUCAGGAACAUCUGAUCAAACUAGAGUCCUGACUUUGCAGUUAAGUGUUAAUUAGAAGUAUUUAAACCACAGGAACUCAGUUACUUUAGGCGCAUUUCCACUAGAGGAAGAAUAAUUCCUGGGCUGGACUUUAGUUCCCAGAACCUUUUUAGUUUAUGGAACUAUAUCCAUACUGGAACUAAAAAGCUUCAGUAGUCUAGAAGGGGAUUAGUAUUGUUAAGAUGAAUGUCCAUUCAGCCCUUACUUUGGUUUUAAUAAAACACAAACUUCACAUUCACCCAAAACACUCGAGAGAUUAACAAGCAACAAAUUUUAAGGAAUUACAGUCAUAUAUAGUAUUUUGUACCUUAAAGGUGCUGUCUGGAAUUUUAGUAAGAGUUCCUAUCCCUAUAAUAUUUACAUAAUUUCAAUGACGCACAUACCAAAAAAAUGUAAAAAAAAUAUUUCCAUACAAUGAAAAAUGUAAUUUAUUAUUAUUAUUAUUAUUAUUAUUAUUAUUAAUAAUAAUAAUAAUAAUAAUAAUAAUAUUUACUGUUAGCAUUUUUCCAGCCCAGAAAUAAGCUCCAUUCCUAGCUGCAACACAGCUGCUCAGGUAUACCCCUCUUUUCCUCAAAAGGCAACUCAACAUAUUUUCAUUAGCACGAGUGCUGUCACUGUAAAAGCAAUACACCUUCCAUUCAGGGGACGUCUGCAAAAAAAUUACAAACUACUGUUUUAAUGCUAAUGAGUAACGUUGUUGUUUCUGUAGUCAGUGGAAAUGCGUCUAAUGUCACUUACACUGUCUAUAUCCAAAACCACCUGGAAGAUCUAUGGCUAGAUCUUGUUAGAAAUUACACACACACACACAAACACACACACACACACACACAUAAAUUAACAAAACGUUUGCAUGCUCAGCCAAUCCUUUCUGAAUCCACAUGCACUUCAGAAUUGUCUGUGUCUGAAUGUCAGUAUCAACAUGUUGCACUUCCUGUAUCACUCUGACAGGUGAAACAAACAUAAGGUGGAUUUUACGAGGCGAUUUUUUUCCUUCCGCCUGCUCGUUGACGUCACAAACUGGACUUUAGAGCAAUAAGACAUCGUCACUGAGCUGCUCUUAUCAUCGUGCAUGUUACAAAGCCACAAAAUCACCUAAAGCUACAAAGCUGCCUCACCUGACGUCCAUAUCCGACUGGCCAAAUCAGUGCUAAUGAAGAAGAAAUCCUCCAUCACGUCAUUAUAACAGUCUCAUAACACCUUUAAAACCAGAACAGUACAAUCAUAUCUGUUUACUGAUUACAUUUUAGCUUGUUUACGGAUAGCUGCAUUUCGCGUAAUGCGGGGAGCAGAUGGUAGGAAACGGCAGGACGGAUUUGCCGGGCAAAAGCGCCAGUGUGACUUUGGCAUGCCAGGUCAUACGAUAUUUUAAUUUUCCUUCUUCUUUUUCUUCUACAUGACAAUGGGUCCACUGUGCACUAUACACUAUAAGAUCCUAAAGACAUGUUUACUGAUUCGGAAAAUAAAAAUGUGCCACAUGCUUUUCAGUAUUAGACCAAAAAUUUUAACUUGAAAGUGGCUUAACCUUUUUUUUUUUUCCUGAUUUAGCAAUGUGUUGCUCAGUAACCCCUAACAAAUCUGGCAUUUUUUUGUGUUCGUGUCAUCUUAAUUCUAAAGUAAACAAUUGUAUGACUGCUGAAAGGUUGUGAGUUUAAAUCUCAAAACUUAUUUACAGUAGCAAUUCUGUAACAGGUCUUACUUUUUUCAGUCUCCAUGACUAAAUAUGGUUCCCCGUCUUGCCAAAGUAGAGGCUAGAUAUAGUACAGGCUCAAUCUCUGUUUGGCAUAAUUACACCACAGGUUGUUAGUUUGUAUAUAGGAUGAUAGUGAGGUUUGGGAUGUAGAUUGUACAACAUAACAGUCUUCCAUAGUGUUGGAACGUGUGUUUGGCUGCUUUAGGUUUUUACACAUAAAGAACCAAAUGCUGAUAAAACAUAAAUCAGCCCUUGAAGAUUACAAACAUUUUACAACAGAAAAUGCCACUAUCUAUUUAGUGCUUAUAAAAUAUCUGUAUCUGUAUUCGGAUUUAAACCUAAAAUCUGUGCGGCCUAAACCAAAAGAUUAUUUCUGCCAUCUUUUCUAAAUGGUUUUCAAAAUGCAGUUUUGCAUAGGACCAUUUUUGUAACUGAUUGUGACUUUUUUAUAUUUAAUGUUGAAACGGCGGCACAAUGGCUUAGUGGUUGGGGGGGCAGAUUCGAUUCCCGCCUCGGGUCUGUGUGCAUGGAGUUUGCAUGUUCUCCCCGUGCUUGGUGGGUUUCCUUCAGGUACUCUGGUUUCCUCCCACAAUCCAAAGACAUGCAAAUUAAUUUAUGACCUGCCACGGUCAUAAAUUAAAAAUAAAUAUAAUAGUGAAUAACCAUUGGCCUCCCCGUCCCAAACUAAACUACAAUGGUUCCUAGAUGGAUGGAUAGAUUAAAUUGAACUAGAAGCCUAAUUUAAACUGCAUUAAAUGCAUGAUUAUUAAUCAAUUUCCCAUUAACAAAUGUUGUCCCAGCAAGAACACUUAUGCCGACUGAGCGUUUUAAUAUACCUAAGACGAUGUUGUAAUGACAUUCACCUUUGGGACAAUGUUGUUUUUAAAAUUUAAUGACUUUGAUAAAUCUUUAUUGCUGAGAUAAUAUUGAUUGAACCACCCAAACACAACUUGUUGCUGUUUAAUUUAAUAUUGAAGUUAAUUAUUGUUGGCCUUUUUUAAAAUUAUUUUGUUGUGGUACUCAAAAUUAUGUUUUUGACUCAUAAUUGAAUUCUCAAUACUCAAUUACUAACAUCAACAGUACGUCCAGUGGUAAGCUUGUUGAGUUUGGGUCCAGUUCAGGCCAUCGGUUUGGUAUUAAUGCUUUUUUAAUGUCAUUUUUGCAUCAUUUUGUUACACAUUUGUUUGUCACAUUUGUUUAACAUUAUCCCAUCAUCAUGUAUUUAACGCUGUUCUCACGUCAUUUUAUUAAAGUCGUUCAAAACUUUCAAAAACGACUUAAUAUCAAAGUUGUCCCAAAGUCGCUAAAUUAACAUCAUCAAACCUUUUUGACAACUAAAAUUCCUGCUGAAUUAUAUCAGAUUGCUCUCUUGAAGUGCUAGUGUCAGCCAGAUAACCUGCAUAGCUUAGUGACAAACUUAAAAAAAACUAAAAUAAAAUAAUAAUCGACAUAAUCUGAGGCAAGAUUCAUGGCCAACAAAUCUGGAUCGGGAUUUCUAAUUUGAAUUAAUUGUGAUCUCAAAAAAACUGUCCAGUUUAGAAUUUUUAUUUAGUUGUGAAAAGCUAGGUCGCUAGUUUAUUAGUGAUACCAAUUUAAUUAGCUAAAAAACUAGCAACCCAGUUGUGCUGUAUGUAUUUGAUGAAAUAUUAAUAACAACAGACAGUUACUGUUGUUACUUAAUGUACAUAAAGAAUAAUUUCUACAAAAUAUGUUUGUUUUUAUUAGACCAUGAAUCUGUGUUGCAUGUAACACUAGCCUACAUGUGUUAUUUAAAGAAGUGUAUGUUUGUGGUAGAUAUUUACAGUUUACAGAAGCCCCUUGAGAUCAACGCAGAGGCUCUCACAGAUGACAUAGGUCUACAGGUUUAGCCGAAUUUGUCCUUAAAUGCAAUAGACAUGUAGAUAUGAAGUAAAAAGAUAUCUGUCGAAUAGAAGAGAAACUCUUUUCAGAUGCUGCAUCACAUUAGAAACAGCUUCAUACUAACAAAGGUUCACUUUCUGCUCUAGACUUUUGUUCUGUCUUCUUGUCACUUUGCAUCCAUUGUAACAAUGACUGUGAUGCACCGAAUCCACACUGAACUGAGUCCAUACACUGAUCACUUUUUUAACAACAAUAAACAUGUCUUUCUAACAAAUAUAA